AAGUGAAGACGCUCAACUCCUCUGCCUCCAGUUCGUCCACCUCCUCCUCUCUCUCUCUCUCUCUCUCUCUCUCUGCCGUCACCUCCCUCCAGUCCACAGCUGCGGAGACAACAUGCUCAGUAACUCGGCACGGAAGAUUUCACAACCUGGAUCCGACUGACUCACUGCAGACACCUCCACAGGUAAACCCACCACCAGACUUGCCUCUAAAAUGGCCCAACAGAACAGCUGUCAUUAUAAUGAGUCCAUGGAAUUCUUCUACCACAACAUCGGCGCCGCCGACAAAUGGGACACCACCCAGCUGAUCCUGGUGCAGGUGGUGGGCUCUCUCUUCUGCUGUUUCAUCCUGGUCUCCAACUCCAUGGUCAUAGCUGCUGUCAUCACCAACAAGAGGUUUCACUACCCUUUCUACUAUCUUCUCGCCAACCUCGCCGCCUCGGACUUCCUGGCAGGCAUAGCGUACGUGUACCUGAUGUUUAACACCGGCGAGGUUUCGCGGAAACUUACAGUUAAAGGAUACUUCAUCCGUCAGGGUCUUCUGGACAUCAGUCUAUCAGCCUCGCUGUCUAACCUGCUGGUGAUCGCUCUGGAGCGCUACAUCUCCGUCAUGAACUGGAAAGUCCACAGCAACCUGACCAGGAGGAGGGUGACGCUGCUGAUCGUGCUGGUGUGGGCCAUCUCCAUCUUCAUGGGCGCCGUGCCGAGUCUGGGCUGGAACUGCAUCUGCAACUUGGACAAAUGCUCCCGGCUGGCUCCCAUCUUCAGCCAGAGCUACCUGAUCUUCUGGUCCGUGUCCAACCUGGUGGUGUUCCUGGUGAUGGUGGUCAUCUACCUGAGGAUCUACACCUACGUCAAGAGGAAGACGGCGGUGCUCAUGCCGCACACCAGCGCCUCCAUCAACCGCAAGAGGACGCCCAUCAAGCUCAUCAAGACGGUCAUGGUUGUGCUCGGGGCCUUUGUGAUCUGCUGGACUCCCGGCCUGGUGGUUCUGUUCCUGGACGGCAUCGACUGUGACAAGUGUAAAGUCAUGAAAUUAAAACGCUGGCUGCUGCUCCUGGCUGUGGCCAACUCCGUCAUGAACCCCUGCAUCUACUCCUACAAGGACGAGGAAAUGUGGACGACCUUCAAGAACCUCUUGCGCUGCAUUGGUAACGGCACGCGGCGGCAGCGGUCGACGAAGGCCAACGCCAGGCCGCUCAGCUCCACUCAUGAAACGGGCAACAGUCAGCCUCCCUCAGAGGAGAUGAAAAAUGACGAUCAGGGCAUGAUCAAGACCUGAAAGUGGAACUUGUGAACUUCUGUCCAGCUCUGACUGGAUGUAGCUUAAGAAGAUACAGAUUGGAGUUGACUUGACAGAGAAACUACACCAGUUGGUCUCAGGGGGUCGUCGUCGUCCUCAGAUUAAAAGUACUUUCUUGAAGAGACACUGCAGGCCAGCUGCUCCAGUGUGGAGCUGGUGAGAUGGAGAUAAGAAGAGAUUUUGAUGCACUACUUAUUCCCCAAAUGGAUGCAAAGAUUUUCAGGGUUUUUUUCUUCAGGAUUUUACAGUUUUUGGACACAAUCCUCCCAUUCAUGUGUAUUGGGAGAUCCUGUUGCUGUGUCAUCCUGCUCCUUUUGUCUUACUCAUCACAUCCAUGUGGGUUAUUUAAACUUUUCUGCUCUGCAAUGGCUGAAGAAAGAAUCCAGUGUGAAGUACACAGCGGUACAUUUCUACUUUUACCUACAAAAAGGGUAAAAAUCAUGCAAAGGAUGACUUAACGUUGUCCCUAACAUACAUUUGUGUACAUCUGAUUGCCUGUAAUGGAUGAUCUAGUUAAGACUUGUAACUUGUUUGUAGUCAGGUACUAUAAAACUGUAGGUUUGCUCGGGUAGAGCACAGUUUUAAAGAUUAUUUCCAGUUUUUAAUCACAGCCAGCGAAAAAUACUGUUAACUGCUGUACUAUAUGUAUAUACUUGUACAUACUGUUAAAUGCUUUCAAGAAGAGGUGAGGUAAUUUCAAUUGCAUGACAGCAAGCAUGCGCAGCAUGAACUGAUUGUUUUGGCCAUCCUUUACAAUUGUAUGUCUUGAAAAUCACACCCUGCUAUGUUUUGUAAAGCAGGUUUGCCUCUGGGGAAUAGA